AUGGGCAAUAGUUCCACUGUCCCCGAAAGCCAGCUCCCCUUUUCUGCCGAGCGCCGCUUAUCCGAUAAAAUUCUUCAAAAAAGUGACAACUUUGAGCAACGGUGGCAGGUUUUUGUCGCAUCCUUAGAUGUCUGUGACGAAAAAGUUCAUGUCAUCAACCAGCUGCCACACCAAAGAAAAUUAGAACUCUUGCUUAACUUUGUUAGUCCUGGAUUAUUCUUUAUUAUUUAACGUUAAAGGAGUUAAAAGAUGCUAAAUUCUUGCCCUCGACUUGCGUUGAAAACAUAAAAGGCGCCAAGAUUUCUCACAUUGCAGUAAGAGUGGUCAAAAUCCUGUUACGAGACUUAGAACUCCAGACGCAAGCAGGAUCAUGAAGAAUUUCGGAGGAUUUUCGCCUCGUCUGAAAUAUCACUUAGGACCAACAAAAUAGAGUAA